AUGGAAGUUCAAUCAGAUCAGAAAUGCGUGGAGAAUGGUCCCUCUCGCAAUGCCAAAUGGUGGCACUCAACUUUUCACACUGUGACAGCCAUGAUUGGUGCUGGUGUUCUCAGCCUGCCCUAUGCCAUGGCAUACCUAGGAUGGGUGCCAGGGACCUUGAUUUUGUUGUUAACUUGGUGCCUGACCUUAAACUCAAUGUGGCAAAUGAUCCAACUCCAUGAGUGUGUUCCGGGAACCCGGUUUGAUCGUUACAUUGAUCUUGGUAGACAUGCUUUUGGACCAAAAUUAGGACCAUGGAUUGUGCUCCCCCAGCAACUGAUUGUCCAAGUUGGGUGUGAUAUUGUUUAUAUGGUCACUGGAGGGAAGUGCCUAAAGAAGUUCAUGGAGAUUGCAUGCACCAAUUGCACUCAACUCAAGCAGUCUUACUGGAUUGUCAUUUUUGGUGGCAUCCACUUUUUCCUGUCUCAGCUUCCCAAUUUCAAUUCUGUUGCAGGGGUUUCUCUAGCAGCUGCUGUGAUGUCACUAAGCUAUUCAACUAUAGCAUGGGUGGCAUGUGUGGCUAGAGGUCGUGUUGACAAUGUUAGCUAUGCAUACAAGCAAACCAGUUCUACUGACUUGAUGUUCCGAAUCUUCAAUGCACUUGGUCAAAUUUCAUUUGCAUUUGCUGGCCAUGCAGUGGCCCUUGAAAUUCAGGCCACCAUUCCAUCAACCCCUGAGAAGCCCUCAAAGAUACCAAUGUGGAGAGGUGCUAUUGGUGCAUAUUUCAUCAAUGCUAUUUGCUAUUUCCCACUUGCACUUGUAGGGUAUUGGACCUUUGGAAGAGAUGUUCAAGAUAACGUGCUUUUGGAAUUUGAAAAACCUGCAUGGCUCAUUGCCUCAGCUAACUUGAUGGUGUUCAUUCACGUUGUUGGUAGCUACCAGGUUUAUGCUAUGCCUGUUUUUGACUUGAUUGAGAGAUUGAUGGUCAAAAGAUUGAACUUCCCUCCAGGAUUAUCUCUUAGACUUGUCGCUAGAUCAGCUUUUGUAGCUUUUACAUUAUUCGCUGGGGUCACGUUCCCUUUCUUUGGUGAUCUUCUUGGGUUCUUUGGUGGCUUUGGUUUUGCCCCUACUUCAUACUUUCUUCCUAGUGUAAUGUGGCUGGUAAUCAAGAAGCCACAAAGAUUCAGCAUCAACUGGUUUAUCAAUUGGGGUUCAAUAUACAUUGGAGUGUGCAUAAUGUUGGCAUCUACUAUUGGUGGCUUAAGGAAUAUCGUUGCUGAUUCAUCUACUUAUAACCAGCUUGAGGCAGAAGAUGAAAUGAAGAAAGGGGAGACAAAUGAAACUGGGUAA